UACAAAAAUGUUAAAAUUAAUUAUUAUCCUUUAUUCACUAAUCGUUGUUUCACAUGCAUUAGAAUUUACAAUUACUGUUACUACAGGACAUAUAAUUCAAGGGACAAAUUCUAGUGGUGUAAUGGUAAGAAAAAAUAAAGGCCAACAGGAAAUUGUGUGGCAGGAGAAAUUUGAUAAUGAUAAUUCUUUAACGGUUUACUAUAUGCAAGCUUCUGAAGCUACUGGACUUGUAGAAACAAUAAAAAUUGACAAUUUAUGUAAUAAAUACGAAAGUGGAUCUUUAGAACAUUCCGUCAAGUAUUUUAUUUUAAAUAAAUUUGGAAACACUAAUAAAUGUUCAAUAAAGAAGCGAAAAGUCAAAAUUUCCUAUCCGCUAAUUGCCGAAUUUCAAGGAACAACGGAAAAUACAAAUUGUGGUUCAACUAUUGGAACGUUUCAUAUUGUUAGAAAUAAUCCGACUGAUUCUGAUAAGACACCUGUGCUAAUUAGCGCCUGGUUUAGAGGUUCUAUAUCUGGUGACAGUUGUGAAUAACAAAUAUUUCA